AUGCCGAUAGAUCUUGUAAACAAGGAACGUCGAUUCUCGCCAGACUCCGAGAGCAGUCCGGUAGACCAAAUACCUACCAAGCGUGACCCCGGUUUUUACGAUCUUGAAAAAGUUUUGGAUUGUGAUAGAGUUGAAUAUCAAAAGCAUCACGAUGGCAGUACCCUUGUGUUGAAGAGAUCAGAUACCCGUGAGGCCCAAGUUAACGAUCUCCAUAAAGAGUUGGAACACUUUCUACGUCACCAGAUGGAUAUUUUGAAGCAUUUCUCCCUCUCGGACGACCUCAUGGAGUCUAUUCAUAACUGCUUGAAAUCACGAGAUGAGCUUCUGAAAGUUAAGGAGCUGACUCUGGAAGUGAAACGCUAUGAGCAUCUGAAUAUGGUGGUCAAACACUUGCAUCCGGACUAUUUGCGAGAUAUUCGUAUUUUUACUGUCGCUGAAGAAGACAUUCCAAAACCGUGGAACCUCAAAGACCUUAGUGAGUCUACCCAAUGGGAAAAGGCCAAGACACUUCAUAUCGAAGGAAUCUGUGUGAACAUUCCCAUUCUGAAUCUCCUCCACUUUUCAAUAGUAGACGUCUCGAUUCCUGUCAUCACCACUUCGGAUGCGAUUUGGUUGCGAAAUACCGCUAUCCAUUCUUUUAAGCUACAUUCCUUCCUUAUUCAAUUCCAAUACUUUGAGAAUGAGAGGGAACUCAAUGAUUCAUUUGGACAGUGGUUUUGCCAAACGGAAACUCUAGACGGUGACAGAUUCGUGUGGUGGUUCUCAACGAAAGGAUCUGGUCAUGCAGUCAGAGUGAUUUUUCAACAGAAUCGGUACUUCAAGUUCACUAGAGUGAAGUUGAAAAUGGCUCCAGACGAUAUUUUGAUCAUUCGUUGA